AUGAUUCCGCCGAGCUGCCAUUCGGGGAAUCCCUUGACGAGUCCACUGGGCAGCGGGAACAGCGCGAGCAACGUCAUUGGGAGCCAAAGCCAGCACCUCGGCGGUAACAGUCAGCAGCAGCAGUCCGGGCUGCAGCUCGAGUCCGGCUACGCGUCUCUGACGAUGUCGCCCGUCCCGGGGAUGGGUAUAGCCUCGGCGGUUGGCCCCAUGCAGCAGCAGCAGCAGCACGCGGGCUACGCGAGCCCCGCAGUCUCGGUCACGCCCUCGCCCGGCCACCCAGGCGCCGCCCACCCCCACGAGCUCAGUCCCAUUGGCGACGUCAAGCCGCCGCACUGCGCCUACGUUGCCCGUGAUAUUUACGACAGUCAGUGGAAAUUACGGUUAAUUAAGAGCAUGAACGAUGACGAGCACCAAAAAAACAAACUCGCCGAUAUGACGAUAGUUGCCCCGAGUAGUAAUUGUUGUACCGAUGCCGGGAGCAACAGCGGUAGUGGCAACAAUAGUAACGAGAGCCUCUUGUCGCGUGGAUUUUUCGCAGGAAAAGAGGGGUCGGCUGCUACACCGGCCGCACCGGGCGAUCAGGCCGCCUCGCUGUACUACUCCAACGUAACCUCGCACCACCAGUACUACCAGCCGAGUUAUCACCACCACCACCACCAUCACCAGAUGAUGACGGGCUCGCACCAUCACCACCACCAUCAUCAUCACCAGUUGGGCAUGGGCGCGGGAUACGAGAACAUGCUGCCACCGGCCCAGCCCUCGAUGUGACCGGCGGACUACA